AGACCCUCUCCACUGUAAGCUCUAUGGAUAUAGCGAACCCCCCGCCACCCCCCAGCCUUCAAUCCCCCUUCACGCGGGUAUAGCGGCUCUGUACUCUCAGGCUCUUUCAAGGGGUUAAGCUGCUAAAAUGUACUGACAGCUUAAGAAAUGAAUGAGGGUUUUUUCAGCCAUGAAGAAAGGGUAUUUAAUAACCACGCUUCGAUGGCAUCAUGCUUCCAUGAAACGAGUCGGGACACUUCGUUUUAACAAUCAGUAAUAUCACAUUCGGUACAGUAAACGCCUGGAUGUACGCAUAUAUAAUUCUAUUCCCCCUUGACUCUAAGCUUGCCUUAUUUAUUCCAGGUUACCUGGGCAAUUAAGGUAAGGGCUGCUCAGCAGACACUGAUACCCUGCUGCUAAGGCAUGGCGAAUGGGGACGGAGCUGUGAGCUAACAAAGAGAAAGAGGUAGUCAAACAUUUUGAAGAGGGGUGAAUGGGACUGGAGGUGGAUGGAUGAAAGGAGGCAAAGAGGGCGAGGAAGAAGUAUUCAGCGGCCCACCCUUCUAUCCGGAUUUGCAGAUUUAACUUUAGGUGUCCGUCUCUAGCCAACUUCCAGUUAAUCCUCAACAGCUGGUAGUGGUGCUAACGUUUAGUGAUUAGAAGUUAGUUUAUUUAGCAUGCUUUAUCCUUCUUCCAUGGGUUCUGGUUACAGGUUAUACGAUUAGGAUUGCGAGAACAGUAGUGAACUAAACUUCCCAGUAAGAGGUCUUCACACCAGGGAAGUGUUACUUUGCUGCAGCAGCCCUGCCUCGUCAGUCAUUAGGAAGCUGCAGGUUGUCAGAGGCUUCUCUUGCGCGCACACACGCGCAGACACACACACGCACACACACACAAAACCACAGCACUAAAACUAAAUUAAGAAGCCGAUGAUUAAGACAAGCGUCUACGAGGCCUGUCAUUUCAGCAUUCUUCCAUCAUAACAUUGUGGCACCGGGAAAUUUGCUUGAAAACCCUGGAAAAAAUGUCUAUGGGAGAGCCUCGUGUUUGAGAUAGCAUAAAUGUUAACAUCAAAUAUAGACUGGGAACUGCCUCGGAUGCAAGAUAGUAUUCCGCAGAGGAAAGGAGCACUGCAGGGACCUUUGGGCUCUCCGCGCACUCACGAAACUCUGAUCAUAUACAUACAUGUAAGAUCACUGUUCAUUUAUGCUGGGGAAUGAACUAAACUGAGAGAAGAUGGAUGCUGUAAUUGGAUCUGAAGGUGGUGAACAUGGGAUCAUUCCUGCGAAUCAUAGUCAUUGUCUUGAGGCACAUACCAGCUCAGGAAGAGUGGUUUCCAGUGGGAGCUCUGUUUUAAAUGGACUGUGUCUACAAGCAAGCUGUUCACCUGUGUUCUGGAAAUGGGCUUCUUUCAGGUGUCCCGGGGCAAUGCCAGUGAACUGGGCACCUAAUCUGGGGUGUGCGCGCCAGCACAGUCACCCCUCCUGCCUUUGGCUCUGCAGCAGUAGCUCGAGCUGCAGCUGGAGGUCCUUUCCCUGCAUAUCUUUUGAUGUUGCAGUAGGAUCAGAGCCAGUCCCCAGCUGCCUUCUCCACAAGCAGCCUUCAGCCGCCUUUGCAACAGCAGGUAAUGAACUAUCUUGCCCCCCAGCCCACCCAGAUCUCUCCCUUGUGUGCCACCUGGCCCACCCUUACGCCUUUGCCACAAGAAGCCAGGCUACGUCUGCAAAGGGAGAGAGUGGAGUGGGGCAAGGCCACCCACUGGUGCCCUCAACCAAAACCUGUGCUGGGGCUGCUGCCCCAGAAGCAAAUGGUGCAAGGUUGCACCUACUGCUGGGAAGGCUCUUCCCUCUCUGGGGCAAAGGAGCAGAUGAACUGGAAGCAUUUCAUUUCAUGCAUCUGCCCCACUGUUGGAGCAUGCUUGUUGCAGGCCAGCGCUGGAAGUCUUAACCUAACCCAAAAGUUUAGUCGUAACUCUAGUCAUCUAUUGAGAGACUUAAUCUGCUGUUAAUAUUACUUCAGUCUUCAACACUGAAGA